AUGGAAAAACACGAGCAGCUCAUCACCAGUGCCAAAGCCGGCCUCACCACUAUCCGCAACACACUCUCUCACAGCCCUUCGCAGUGGAAAAAACACACAGACACAGUCCGCACAUGUGUGAACAACAUUGAAACCAGUAAUAUCAUGCUAGGUUCCAACCGCCUUGAAGAAAGGCUGUGGCUCAUCACUGAGAUCCAAGGAUUUGCAUACUUUGAUGCAGACAGUGGUUCAAUCGCUGAUCUUGCAGCAUGGUGCGAACGAGAAUGGAACAGAGUCCUUAGCACUGAUGGUACCAACAUUGAUGCCUUGAGAGGCCUUGGGCAAGCAUGGCUUUCAAAAGCACAAUAUUGGCUUGCCAAGAUCCAUCAAGAAGAAGGAUCGGCUUCCGGUACUGAAGAAGAUGACAGGGCCGAGGAGAAAAGAAGGCAUACCGCUAACUAUGUCGAGGCCCGCGCGGUUCUCAUCCCCGCGGUUGAAUUUUUUGGAAGAGCUGUUCAGAAUGCGCACAUUCGCCAAUGUCUCACUGGAGAGCUUCUAGCACUUCGUGCGGAGGCUUGUAUGUCUCUGGGAAACGUCUCUACUCUAAAGAAUGCACAGCAGCAAUUCAAAGAUGCAGUUACUGCAUUAAAGUCGGCGGAGAUAAUUCCUGGCUAUACUUUGCCCUCUCAUUUGUCUCAGUAUCUUAGAGAGAAUGAGUAUAUUCUCCGAAUGUAA